AUGGCUGAGAUUCUGGGUAGAAAUGUCAAGAGUUUAGUUAAAAAGGGAUUAUGGAAAGGAGCACUCAUUCAUAACAGCAUUGAUCCUAUCUCCCACUCCCAAUUUGUUGAUGAUACAAUUCUCUUUGGGGAAGCCACUGAAAAGGAAGUUGUGGUUAUUAAGAAGCUUCUGAAUGACUAUGAAAUAGGCUCGGGGCAGAGUAUGAACAAGGAGAAAUCAAUGAUAUAUUUCUUCAAUACUAACGUGAGAAUGCAAAGUAAAAUAAAGGAAAUCAUGGGCUAUCCUCAAGGUAACUUUCCACUAAAAUACUUAGGGGUUCAGCUAGAUCCGGGCAGACAACAGAACAAAAUGUGGGAGGACGUUAUCAACAAAUGUCAAGUAAAGGCCUCUUCCUGGAAGAACAAGUGGUUAACUCAGGCAGGCAGAAUCUAG